GUGAAUAUGGAGCUUUGCUUGUAGGCUAGCAAUUUUUUAGGGAAAUGAUUGCGCAGUUAAAAUUUCCCUGUCGAUAAUUUAAGGCCUUCCCUUUUAAACAGUUAUGAGUAGGUUUUGCGAGUAUAUUUGAAGUCAAUAACCAAGGUGUUUGGCCACUAAUGUCCUUUUUCCCGUAUUUUUAUUACAGGUCGUACUUUGUGAAGAUUGGGCGUCGAGGACUUUGAACUAAGUGUAUGAAGACAAAUAUCAAAAACAUCAAAUAUUUUUUUCUGCUCAAGUAAUGGACAUUUGAUUACUAUUUUUGCCUAUUUUUGAGAAGAUAAAAUUAGUGUAGGUCUCACAAAACCCGCCCAAUAUAAGCUAAAGCAAAAUUUUUCAAACAUCAAAUUUGCUUUGCUGUAUGAAGUCAUGAUAGCUUAUUCUCCUAAACUGUUGUAACAGAUCGUUGCUGUAAAGCACAAUUAAUUAUUCCAGAGACGCUGAGAGGAGAGGUAUUUAUAAAAUGGCCAUAGAAGGUGUGGAUCCUAGGGAGGUGCUGAAGGGUGUGGAGGCUAUGCUUGGUAAGGAGGGCGAACUUCGCAGUCUUGAAGGAGUCGCCACAAUUGUCAGCCUAAUGAAAGCUUCCCAUAAGAUGGUUAGCAGAUGCAUGUACCUAAACAUUUUGCUUCAGACCAAAUCCCACGACAUACUCAACAGGUUUAUCCGUGUUGGGGGAUACAAGCUGCUUAAUGGCUGGUUGACCUACGCCAAAACCACCAGUAACACGCCUCUACUGCAGCUCAUCCUACUCACACUGCAGAAACUGCCCCUCACUGUCGACAACCUCAAGCAGAACAACACGGCUAAGCUGGUCAAGCAGUUGAGUAAGAGUGGAGAGACUGAAGAGCUCAGGAAGUUGGCGUCUGUGUUGGUGGAUGGCUGGAUGGCCAUCAUUCGCUCUCAGACUGUCGCUGCUUCCGGUGGCUCAGGUUCAGCAGACAAAAAGAAAAAGAAAGAUGAGAGCAAAGUGCGUAGUCCUGAGGCGAAGGUGGUAGAUGGAGGCAAGGCCCCUGAGGAGGAGAAGAAGCGGGAGAAGCCCAAAGCCCACGCCCCCAGCCAUGCGAAGAUUCGAUCUACUGGCUUAGAGGUGGAAACUCCCACUCCAGUCCUGAUCAAGAAGGCCCCUGCCAUGCCUCUGCUGGGAGACAAGUACAACAUCAAGCCAGCUGUUCUCAAGAGGCCCAGUGCUAUGCCAUGUGACAACCCUCCAGUGGAGAAGAAGUACAAGCCUCUCAACAUGACACCCAAUUCCACCAAAGAAAUCAAAGUCAAGAUCAUUCCUGCGCAGCCGAUGGAGUGUACAGGCUUCCUGGAUGCUCUGAAUUCAGCUCCGGUGCCUGGAAUCAAAAUCAAAAAGAAGAAGAAGGCUGCAUCUCCGACAUCAAACAAGUCUUGUCCUUUCGACAGCAAACCCGGUGCUUAUCCUUCCCAAGCAAAACCGUCGUCUCCUGACGCUCUAGCUUCCCACACUCCCCCCCACGAAACCGUGGACCUGGAGCAGCCUGGAACGCCGGUUCCCCACGAGGAGACGGAGGCCAUGGAUACGGGGGAUAAACACAAUUCCCUGUCAGAGCCUCGCAGUGAGGAGGAAAGUCAGCUGACCAAGAAGGGGAAGAAGAAGAAAAGCGUACGCUGGGCUGAGGAAGACCAGCUGAAGGAAUACUUCUUUUUUGACCUGGAUGAGACAGAAAGAGUCAACGUCAACAAGAUCAAGGACUUUGGAGAAGCCGCACGGCGGGAGCUGAUGAUGGACAGGCAGACGUUUGAGAAGGCCCGGCGACUCUCCCAUGACACCAUGGAGGAGAGGGUACCUUGGGUUCCCCCUCACCCCCUGAUGCCAUCUGGCUGCUUGGUCACCCCAGGAGCCAAUAGUACUGAGAAGCACACCCAGAAGGAGCGAGAGAUGGGCAUCCUGCAGGAGAUCUUCCUGAGCAAAGAGAGCGUCCCUGACAGCCCGCAUGAGCCAGACCCCGAGCCCUAUGAACCCACACCUCCCCGCCUCAUACCUCUGGAUGAGGACUCUUCCUCCGUGGAUGAUGGCUAUAUGGAGCCAAUGGACACCUCUGCCCAGCCCAGUUCUGCUGCUGCGCCCACCGAGGGCUCCAAGCUUCCCCCUGUCCUGGCUAACCUGAUGGGCAGCCUGGGCAAUAGCGGGCGCAGCCCCCAAACUCAAGCCACUCCCAGCAACACCAGCGCCCCCACUGUCAAUGUACAGGAAUUGCUCACCUCUAUCAUGGGGGCGCAGAGCAGUCAGUCUCCGGAGGACCUGAUCAAGCAGCCCGAUUUCUCUGACAAGAUCAAGCAGCUGCUCGGAUCCCUGCAGCAGACCCAGAACCAGCCCCCUCCUGCCGGACCCCCCCCAGUGAGCACCGGCCUGCUCGGCCACAGCCCCAGCAUGAACAUGAACCACAACAUGAAUAUGCAGAUGCCUAUGAAUGGGGGCUACCCCCCCAACAAGCCACCCUCCGGGCCUCACUACAACCAUCCCCCACCUCCCCAUGGUCACGGCCCGCCCUUCGCCUCUGGCGGUGGUCCCAGGAUGAUGGGCCCACCCCCGCCUCCCCCCCGUGGUGGAGACGGAGGGUACUGGAACGAGGAACCUAUGAGAGGCGGCCCCCAUCGUGGUGGUGGCGGCCAUUACCACCGCGGACGCGGCGGGCGAGGCGGCGACCAGGGUUACAGAGGUGGAGACCAGGGUUACAGAGGUCGUGGCGGACGGGGAGGUGGCGGACCCCCAAGAGGAGGUGGAGGGGGACACAACAACUCGCAUAUGGGAGACAUGUCCAACCGGCCUGUUUGCAGGCAUUUCAUGAUGAAGGGAAACUGCCGGUAUGAGAACAACUGUGCCUUUUACCACCCCGGAGUGAACGGACCACCCCUACCCUGAGACCCCCCCCUUCCCCCCAUCGCACUGAAAGACACUGAAAGACAUUGAAUCUACCACUAAGAUGGAUCUGCACGAAGAUCGCAGCUGCUACCCAAGGAGACCCAACACUGCUGCUGCUGUUCGGUCUGUGUGCCUGACGGAACAGAUUUAAGGAGACCUUAGUCACCUAUUUAAUAAUGAUUACUCUGGAUGAUGAUAAAAAGAUGAAUGAAAUAGGAGUCACGGAGGACUGGGUGAAGCGGUUCACUGAAAUCCUCUUACAUUUGGCUUAGCAAUUAUUUUUUUCACCUUGAACAUUUAGCUGCAAAGUGCCGCUUUGGACUUGCUCAUCCGGCCUCUUUCUGGUCACAGUGACUGCUCAGCCACUCCCCCUCUAGGGGCCUACUACUGGAUUUCACCUACGUCUUUGAAGAUGACGACGAAGCUGAACGUCCUUCAUCCCCCCUCCCCAUGAUUCUUGGACAUAGUGUUUUCUACCACGACCACUUGAAGAGUGUUAUCGUUCUCACUCCUUUUGUCCUCUUGUCUGUGAGGCUUUUCUAAUCAUUGAACUUGGCUCUGGAUUUCGGUGAAUGGGGACAUGCCUCAAAAUCAUGCCUAGCUUUGCUCUGCUGAUUUUGGGAGUCACGCCGAUGUGAAGGGGCCGCAGUGUCGCCCUGAGCCAGUCUGCCCAUGUGGGACGGAGACAUGUAGUUUCUCUUUACUGUUGUCUUCAAACCGACAUAAUUUUCAACCAACUGUGACAGACCGUAGACACACUGGAUGUAGUAUGCAGAAACCAUGAUGGCUCGAUGUCUGUACCCCUAUAUGUCGUGCCCUGCACUUUGCACUGAGCUUUUGGCUCUCAUUCCUGUUCUUUAUCUUAUCAAAAAUUCAGGCUUGUCGGGGAGGUUAGUGCAAUGAGAUCCCAGCUAUGUUCCUAUUAGCAAACGGGCACAUGUUUAUAUCCCUUCCUUCAGUCAAGUGUUUCACACACAGAUGCGUGCUUUUGAGUUUCCUGAAUUGUGUUGGACUGACCAGCCUUUCCUGCUGUAAUUCCCUUAGUUUGAGCUUUAGUUCCCUAAAGGAAAAGGUAUUUCCUGAAUGUACCAGCGUCGGGCCCAGAGAGGAGCCCGGUGCCUCAUAUAAGACCAGAAAUGUUGUGUAGACCCAAUUAUUUAAAAUCAGAUUUAACCACGGUCAGUGAUGACCACCCAGUGAUGACCACCCAGUAUCCUAAACGGCCUCAUUGUGUCUCAGGUUUUGUCACCAUAUUUGACCGCUUUUGAUUUUAAGGUGUUGCCACCACUAGGGGAAUCAUUUACCGGAUGUUUAAGGUCACUUGGAUCUUUCCUGGAAGGUGACCAGUCGCUAUGCCUUACUUGGGGUUGCUGGCAACCACAUUUAUCUUGCAUUAGUUGCUGUGAUGCAGAGACAAUCGAUUUUUCUGAAAUCAGUGUCUGUUAUACACAAUAUGUGAUGGUGGCAUCUCGCUUUGCUCAGUUCUCAGUUUUCAUUGCAAAGCUGGUUAGAUAAACAGCAACAGUACAGCUUUUUUCCCCUCAUUCAUCUUUCCUCAUUUUGGCCAGCAAACUUGCAUCCACAGUCUUGCCAGUUGGUGUAGACCAGACACGUUCUACAUGGAGUAUGCAGUAGAUGAUGCAUUUUAUUCUGAGACAUUUGGAUGGGAGACCUUAAUCAAUGCUGUGGAAUAGAAGCUCCCCAUUGUAGAAAUGUGCUGAUGUAGCUUGGCAUGUUGAUAGAAGUUGUGCAGUCAAAGCAAAUGUACAGGUGGUAUGGAGAUUUCUGACUGAACUUCCCGGCCUUUGGUCACGUUUGUGAGAAUAUUUGAAGGUUCCCUUGAAUGACUUAGGAUGCCUCUAACUUCCUCCGCUUUGGUGUUUCUUGGUUCUAUCAUAUAGCCAGACUGCAGUAUUGAGGUAGAAGCUAAGCAGCUGGCCCUGUGUCCAAGUGGAAUAGCUGAACGGUGGUGCAUUUUUCCUGGGGCUGCUGUAAUCGACUGUCGGAUGCUGUAGUGUUUAUAGUGUAAAGUGGAUAGUGUUUAAUAGCCCUCUAGUACAUUUCUGCUCAAACCCACUCACUAUGGCCAGGCUCAGAAGAAUCCCUCUAUCCUUAGUACAUCAUUGUAUAUAUGCCAUCUUUCACUCUUGUGUUUUUCAUUUGAGUUUUUUCUUUAUGUACUGUGACAGUGUUAAAGCGAGCCUAGGCGUCGAUCAGGGGGAAUGAUACAAGUGUUUUCUGUGAAAACAUUGGCCUUCCUGUCUCUUGUGGGACUAUAAUGUCAUUUUGGGUUUGAUUUUUAUUUUUUAUUUUGAUAAUGAUGCUGACAGUGAUACAUUUUGAUUUAUUAUCAGAAAAUGCUCAGUUUGUAUUGAAGAGAUUGUGUGUUUGUAUAUAUAUAUAUAAAGGCUACACACAUUCAUAUACAUAUCCAUAUUGUUGAUAUAAAUAUUUUGUACAUGUAUUAAAUAAAUGUGGCUCAACUGCU